CAAAGAGCGGUGCGAGUGUGGAUGUUAUAGGAAUCAAUUCAUAUGAAAGUUCCAUCUUCAUCUAAUAUGUUUCACAUUUCACAAUUUGGCUAUGGCGUUUUUGUGUUGGUGGUUUAUUUCUUUGUGUUGGGGGUUUAUAAAGCAUCCUCAUCUAAACAACUUUGUCCUGACUGCACCACCAAUGUUGAUGACUGCAAAGAAAUGCCUCUAAUGAAAUGUGUGACUCAACAGACCUUUAUUAGCAUGACGAAUCAGUCCCCUACUAGUCAGACAACUACUAUUACAAGUACGAAUAAAGUCGCAACCAACACCCCAUACAUUGUGAGAGAAUGUGAUUCUGAAGACAUUGGACAGACCUAUAAAAAUAACGACCUGGCCUCUGUUGAUGAAUUGAUCAGAAAAUGUCAAGGAAAGGAAGAAACAGUGAAGAAUGUUCAGGACUUGCCUUCCAUAAAAAACACAUUUUACAACAUUACCAAGCAGGGACCUCAGCAAGUGACCCUUGAGAGCCUCAAAGGCUCAGUGACAUCACAUAAGAAGAACAAUUUGCUCAUAUUUAGAAUGUCUCUACCCUCCACCAAUAAUGUGAGCAUCAAAAGCAAUGGAGACAUGGAAAAAGAGAGAGGUCAAAAGCAAUGGAGACAUGGAAAAAGAGAGAGGUCAAAAGCAAAAUGUGGAUAUCGACAGUCACCACAUUUAUAACUCUUUCUCUAUCUCCACCAGGCCGAGUUGGAGAAGAUGGAUGACAUUUGGUUGGAGAUUCCUACUGAGGCUUUGAAUGAUGCUAUGGGAGACACGAAAGAGGAUGUUAACCUGGGAGUAUUUUGGUUUGAGAAUGACAGCCUGUUCCCGGUGGUGGAGAACAACACUGAGCUCCUAAACAGUCGAGUGGUAUCCAUCAAUGUGGGAGAGGACAUCUCAGGCCUCAGUAACAACAUUAAUAUCAUGUUCCGCUUCCAGAAUGCAUCAGUGGAAAACAAAUCACUAGCAUGUGUGUUCUGGGAUGGUGAAAAUGGUAAAGUUGCACAUUGGAAUUCCUCUGGAUGUGUCACUGAGAAGAAGGACAAUGAAACAGUGUGCUCCUGUAGCCACCUUUCAUUCUUCGCUGUACUCAUGUCUCCGGGCAGUGUCUCUAGUGCCAGUCUGAGUUCCUCCUCUGUGUGGUUGCUGACGUUGUUGUCCAGGGUGGGCUGUGGAAUAUCCUUCUGUUUCCUGAGUCUGGCCCUCCUCAUCCACCUCAGAAGAGGUAAAUCUGAUGAUUCCCUGUGCAUCCACAUCCACCUGUGCGGGGCGUUGUUGUGCCUCAACCUGACCUUCCUCAUCAACGGCAGCCUGGCCUCUCUUGGUGUCCACGGCCUGUGUGUUGCUAUGGCAGCAGCCACCCACUACUCCCUGCUGAGCACCCUCACCUGGUUCUCCCUGGAAGGCUUCCACCUCUACCUGCUCAUCAUCAGGGUCUUCAGCAUCCACGUCAACAGAUACGUCCUCAAACUGGGCCUGGUAGGAUGGGGAAUACCUGGCAUAGUAGUUACCAUAAUUGUCGCUUGUGGCAAAUAUGGAGAAUACAACAAAUACCAGCAAGACGGUGGUGUUGUUAAAAUGUGCUGGUUGACUGACUCUGCUCUGGCCACGGUGUCCUUUUCGUACUUUGUGCUGACAUUCGUGGUGAACGUGCUGUGCUUUGGGUCUGUGACAGUGAAGGUGGUGAGGGCCCACCGUCAGAGUCCUGUCCUGAGGGAGAGGAGUAUGAGCAGGGGGACAGUACUCAGUCUGCUGGGUCUGGCCUGGCUCCUGGGGGUCUCCUGGGGGGUCCUGCUCUUCCAGUUUGGCCCCCUGACGGAGACAGCCUUCUACAUCUUCUGCACUGUCAACUCUCUCCAUGGCCUCUUCCUGUUUCUACGCUAUUGGUCUUUAACUCGGCCAGAGAAAGAAUCUGUCUCCACGGCAACCACUGCAACUUCUUCAAGGGCGAUGCAUCCAGCUGAGGCCAGUCCCUGACUAACAUGGUUAAACCUUUCACUACUAAUACCACUGCUUCCAUUUUAUUACCACAGAAGCACAAUAUUUAUUAUGUAGGUUUUUAACAUACCACUACAGGCAAACAUAACAUAAAUGAAAGCGUAAUCACAAAAAUAAAAAUGUGUUUCCAGGUUUGCUCAUAAGCUUACUGUGCUCAUAAUACCAUAUAUUUUUUUAACUUUUCAAUGUUGUGCUGUUUAUUUCACUUUUUUGUUGUGCAUUUUGUUGUAUUUUGUGACGCACAUUCCAUGCAUAUUCACUUUUGAUGCGUAUAGUCCAGGGCAAAUACCCAACAUAUCAAAUAGGUUCAAAUGAUUUUCAUCCCCGUCUCUGAAGAGAAUAAAAUAAGUUUGGCUAUCCGAUCUAUCACUCACCGUUGUGCGUGAGGGUAAGAUGGAGUGAUCAGCUGUCAACUGGUGCCUUUCCGUUUCUUUGAUUGCCAUCAGAAAUCCUCUGAAUGACAAUGUCCGUUUGUAGUCCAACUGUUUCAUUUUGGAUAACGUUGAUGUCUUUGGUUUUUGUAGAACAGACCUACAGUAUAUAGCCUCCUAGCCUUUGGGAUAGCUGAGAUAACAUUAAGCCUAUGUCAAGUAGAUGGUACCUUAUCAUAACAUAACUAUAUUUGCCGGGAUGUGAAUUGAAUUGUUACAAAAUUAUUUAUUUUUUGAUUGUGUCAUUUGUGUAAAUGAUGUAUUUGCGUGUCAUUGCCAGGUGUGUCAUUGCCAGGUGUGUCAUUGUGUUAGUGGAAUUUUAAAUUCCUGUAUGUUUUGUAGCCAAAACCAAAUUCGCACUCUUUCUAUUUCAUUAAUGAUUUGUAAGUUCAUUAAUUAUGCAUCAAGUAGAUCGAGACCAGUCUUAAAAGCCAGGUAACAGCAUUUAAUUCAAGAGAGUACUACCACAUACACAUAUUUCCACAGGUUAUAAACUGAAAAUGACGUCAGCGUUUUCUAAACGUUCACCAGUAGAGGCCCUCUAGCUCUCGAGCCUUCGCUCUACGCCUGAAGUCAAGGUCAGUCAGUAUAAAUCAGCAUUCUAGACAGUCUGGAGAUUGUACAAAUGAAUGAACUAAGGAACAGACCUUCAUUGUUACUAAACUCCUGACUACAUUAUAUACAAUUGGGAAUGGGAGCAAGAGAGAAAAUUCAUAUGUACAGUACAUUAUAGCAUUUGGACUAGUCUGUUCUGAUUGGAAUGUAUACAUAAUUAGUCAUUUCAACCAUAAUUUCCUCUAACACAUUGCCAGGUGUGUCAUUGCCAGGUGUGUCAUUGCCAGGUGUGUCAUUGCCAGGUGUGUCAUUGCCAGAUGUGUCAUUGCCAGGUGUGUCAUUGCCAGGUGUGUCAUUGCCUGGUAUGUCAUUGCCAGGUGUGUCAUUGCCAGGUGUGUCAUUGCCAGGUGUGUCAUUGCCAGAUGUGUCAUUGCCAGGUGUGUCAUUGCCAGUUGUGUCAUUGCCAGAUGUGUCAUUGCCAGGUGUGUCAUUGCGUAUGCAAGAACACUGAAGACAAGCAACUCAAAAAGAUGCCGUAUUAUUCUUGUUUAUGGAUAAUAAAGAAUAUUAUC